GAAGCUCAGUCGGUCUGGUGGGAAUUUUCCUCAUUCGAACGCGAUAAGCAGCGGCAGCGGUUUUUCGCUCGCCCUACCGGUGUUAGUCGAAGCAGGGUUCCGUAAUCCUUUCCCGGUUUGGCCAACCGUCGUCGUCAGUGUGUUUCGAGAGUUCUUGCGUGCGUGACAGUUGGCGUGCGUACGGGUUUAACGCGAUCGAAAUCCUGCUUUUCAGCCGAUGCGCAACGGUAAAAAGUACCUUACACUAAUUUCUUCCGCAUUUGGCCCAUCGAAUUGAGAAUUGACAAGAGAAGCAGCAACGGAAAAAUCCUCCGAAGUGUCCCACAUUGAAGUAAAACGCAGUGAAAAUGUGACUCGCCUUCUUCCCAUCAGUUUUGCGACAAUAAUUGGCCGAUCAGUGCUCUACACUGUUACUUGUGAUAUCAGUUAAUUUUAGUGUUUAAAAAUACGUCUCACAAAAAGUGACACGGCGAGACCGGUUCGUUACAAAGUGUGCCCAAACGUCGUCGUCGCAAGUGCAAUCUGCAGCCAAAGGACAGGGAAUGUGACCAACGGAAGCAGCAAGAGGAAGGACUCGACUCUCGUAGUUCAACAGAUGAAUACAGUGGAACGUCGUUGUUGGGGAAAAAUCACUUAAAUUAAUCUUUAAACUGCGGGGUGUAUAGUUCCUAGUGCACCAAGUGUAUGAGGGUGGUUUGAAAAAUUACCCACCGAAACCACGAAACUGCCAAUCGACAAAUCGAACGGAACAUUGAACCCGAGGAACGUUCUGUUUGGUUAGUCACGGAUUACAGAACAGCGGAUAGGUGAAGGGGGAGAAAUUUGUCAUCCACCCCAUCAUCGUUCAACAAGAGCAAAGGCAUCAUGUCGACAUCGUCGAUCGGCCGCGAGGAAGAGCGAAAGCCGCUAAUGGAGGAAUUCUACCGGCAGCGACGGAUACUGCUCGGUUGCACCCUCCUGAUUGGCGUUGCUGUGAUUGUGUGGAUCGUUGCCAUUUCCACCGAUCAUUGGUUCAUCGUAACAGGUGGUCAAGGAAUCUUCAUACCGGAAACCAGACGCUAUUUCAAAUCAUCACACUCAGGGCUGUGGAAAAUAUGCCGGUACGGUUCGGUGCCCACCGUUCUACCGAAUUCGAAUGCCACCCGCAACUUCACAACCCUGUCCUACAUCAACGAAAAUCGGAUAAGCAACAUGAAAAAGACAAUCGCCAAGGAAGACUACAUUCAGGAUUUCAAACGACAGCCCAUUCGAAUGGACAACAUGACGGAAAUCGAUGACAACUUCCGGCGGCACCUGUUUGCGUACUGGGUUACGGACGACGAGGCCAAUUUCACCACGAUGAAGGAUGUUUAUCACGAAAUCUCCUCCCGCCAUCGAGAGCAGGAAGGUGUUUCGGUGCAAAAGUUGAAAAAUCCCCCGCUUACCUUCCUGGACCCAACGGAUAUCGGUUCGCUGAAGGAGGCGGUCGGUGUUGCCGGUGCCCUGACGACGGUUUCGCUCAAUUCUACCGACAUCAACGUGCUGGUUCCCCAGUCGCUCCGGGAUGCCCUGUUUGAUGAAUGGGAACAGAAACAGGGCGUCAUCUAUCUGCUGUGGAGCUUCUCGAAGGCCAUGAACAUCGACCCGUUUAUCAUCAGUCCGGAUGGGACUAAGUUCAUUAUCAGACCGCCACUUCCGCCCAAAAAAGGACGCAUCGGGAAUGGAUACGAGUACGUUCCGUUCAAGAAAUGCAAACUACAUGACUUUUUCCCAACGGAGGAAGUGAUUCGAUCAGAUCCAUCAGUGGAUGAAGAAUUGCUAGGAACGGAAAGGGCGGAUCCCUACUUCGUUUCCGAAUUUGAGUCCAAAGACUACAGCCGCACGGAGGUGUCCUUUGCCUGCAUCACGCUAUUCAUCAUGGUCAUGGGUUUCGUGUUCUCGAUCUACACAUUCCGGAACCCACGAUACAUGUUCAAACGACUUGCUGGGGGCAUUCACUUCAUUUCUGCUGCCACAAGCAUCGUUGUGAUUCAGGUUCUGAUAAAAUCGGUCGAAUAUGAAGAGGAGCACAUUUCAUUUACCUUCCCGAAGGGCGCAAAAUACAGCUACGGUUACGGAUUCUACUUGGCAUGGUGCGUGUUCCUGUCCAAUUUGUACGCCGGCUUAGCAUUUAUGUGGUACUCCAAGAAGAAGAAGGGCAACAAGGCGGCCACCGAGGAACUGGGAAUGGCCGAUGAACCCAUCAACAUUGGCCGAUAAACCGGGACGAUCUCAACCGCGCAAUCCUCGUUAAUAUUUUUUUCAAACUCAUCCAAACCUCCGACUCAAGUUGCAACUAUUCGAACAUGAAAAAAAAUUAACCCAUUUGUUUUAAGGUGACGAUUUCUUCGCAACUAAAGUGUUCUUCCUUAAGUCUGAUGAGCAAGAAGAGUUUAAUUUUAUUUUUAUACACGGAUCUUUUUUUUUAAACCCAUGAGUGAAAUCAACUGAAACAUCUUUCAUCCACGUUACUUGAGUUUAAUGAUCAAAUCCUCAGUCAUCAAAAGCUAUGCAAAGACAUGAAAAAUUGUACAUAAUAUGUUUACCCGUAAACUAAGUUAAGUUGCAAGCAUCGAUUGAUUCAUACUUUUGAUUCAACAAAUAACUGAAUAAGUGCCAAUGCAAAUCGAACCAAGCAAAGCAAGACAUUUUCAACAAUGACAUAACGACGAUUGUUUUCUUCUCUCUGUUCUGUUUUCUCUACUCUAUCUGAUAUCUUUCAAUUUGUUAUUCUAAAUGUUACAUGAAAUAAAAUUGCGAUGAAAUAAA